AUGUCUGCCAAUCAAGUGAGGCAAUGCGUUGUUGAGAUAUUAGGUUUGAAUGAACGGGACGAGCAGCUUUGUUGGAAUGAGGGGAUUCUUAAAAAGAUGACCAGUACUACCACCACAUUGUACAAUGUAUCUUUGAAGAAGGUAAUGCUGAAACAACCCGAAGAGAUAGCGCGAUACCACAUAUGUGCGUAUCUAGCAGCUGAAAAAUUGAGUGAGAAGUAUGAUCCAGGUCUGGCGUAUUACAACGAAAAGAUUCCAUUGGAGCCAAAAAAGCUUGUUAAGGUGCUCGGUAUUUUUAAACAGUCGUUAUGGCAAUCCUCACCUGUGAAGAACUUGAGUUGGUCUGUAAGUCCAAAAAAGGACAGAAUGGGAACGAAAUCACAAAGAUUCACUUCAAUGGAUCCUAAAGAGCUCCAGGACCAAUUAUUUGGAACACCAAUAAAGCCUCGUACUGAACGGCAGCCUCUUUCAAGAACUGUGGACCUAUCUCCGUCAAAGCCUCGGUCUCCAAACAAGAAUAAUACACGAAGAAAGUUAGCUUUUGAAGAAGAUGAUGAAGAAGCUCUGAGUCCCCUGUCUCCGACGAAAACACCUCGCCGGUCUAUCUUUCGCAAUGAUGUAGAGCCAGAUCCAGAGGAAUCUGACUUUGAAUCUCCUGUGAAAUCACCUUUUAAGUCACCCUCUAAGUCUGCCUCAUCUUCGCCAAGAAAGAAGCGCGGGGAAUAUAACCAGUGGAAUAUGUUGUGCAAAAAAUACUACAGAAUCACACCUGAAGGUAUUGUAGGGCUUUGUAAUCAAUUCGAAAUUCCAUCCAAAGUCACAUUUCUAAUACUAGAUUGUUUCGGACUACAUGCAACAUAUCUCGUCUACCCUGCUCAGCUAGUAUGUGGGUUAAUCAUGUUAUGCUGCUUUACAAUCUACAAUCGGAAAAGGGCCAAUAACCCAUCCAUUGACGAUUUUCUUUUGCAAAAAAUGUGUGCAUUGAUGAGAUCCAAUGAUACAAACGAUGUGCUAGAAGCUAUUAAAAUCACCAAAGAGCUAAUGGACGGCGAAAAAUGGUAUCGAGAUUUAAAGAUUGAGUACGAUUAUUAUGAUGGUGCAGAUUUUAAAAAUAGCAUUGCUGUGCGUCUGGGAAAUAUGUUACAAAGCACCAACGUUAUUGCUUCCGACGAACAAUUUGCAGAAUGGAAGAAAAAAGUACUAAUGGAUAUUUCUCUUAGAGAUGGGCCCUCCAAACCUGAACUUUCAAAUCAUUGA